CGCAUGAAAUUUUUGAUAACAUCUAUAAAAUUCUUCUUUUGCCUAUGGUCCGCGUCUUCCUCAAGUUUGUGGGAAAAUAGUCGUAAUAUUUUUUGGAUCUUUUGAUCCAUUUUAAUGGCUGCCCCAUUGCGCGAUUGAAUGGUUGCUUUAAUUUAAACAUGAGUGAUUAUUCUUCUAUGGCUACGCUUCAAAAUAAUAGCCAACCGGCGGGAUUUGCGGCUGCUUUACAACGUGCUAGAUUGGUUGCCGCCAGAAUUGAAGGUGUUGGUAGUAAGAGACCAUUGGAAGAAGGACCUGAACCAAGUGCAAAGAAAUUAGCCCCAAUUGAAAACUCAUAUCCUCCUCAACCACAACAACAGCAACAGCAACAACAAUCAAUGAGUGCCUCAGCAGCAGCGGCGGCGGCAGCGGCAGCGGCGGCGGCGCGUAUCGCCAACUCGGCGCCCACGCCCCCCGCGGGCCCGCCCAACAUGAACAUGCCUGACCAGGCCAUCAAUGAAUACAUCAGAGUGCCCGACAAGAUGGUUGGACUAAUAAUCGGCCGCGGCGGUGAGCAAAUCACGCGUUUGCAAGCAGAGUCAGGGUGCAAGAUUCAGAUGGCUCCAGACUCAGGAGGCCAGCCAGAUCGCCUCUGCACACUCACCGGCUCGAGGGAGGCUAUCGCGAGGGCUAAAUACAGCGCCGGCCCAAGCCAAAGGCGGAUGGAGCAAGACUCAGAAAUGUCGCCAUUCGGGGACUUAGUAAACCAGAUCGUUAACCACCGCGGUCGUGAAAACGCGCCUCAGCAUAUGGACAACCCAAUUGGGGGAGGCGGCGGUGGCGGCGGCGGCGGUGGUGGUGGUGGCGGUAUGCCGCCGAUGAACAGAGGCGGCGGUGGUGGCGGUGGCGGCGGCGGUAAUAUGACGGAAGAGAUAACGUUGCCGGGCCCAAAAGUGGGCCUGAUCAUUGGCAAGAAUGGUAAAACCAUCAAGCAACUGCAAGAGCAGUCGGGAGCAAAGAUGGUCGUCAUCCAAGACGGCCCUAACACUGAAUAUGAGAAGCCUCUUCGUAUAUCAGGCGACGCCUCCAAAGUGGAGCACGCCAAGCAACUGGUGUACGAACUGUUGGCCGACAAAGAGAUGCAGCAGGGCGGAGGUGGUCAGAGACAAUAUGACGACGGCUACCAGCAGGACCAGGGCAACGGCCUCGCUACUAACUCCACUGAGGUGAGGGAACAAAAUGUGCUGGUCCCAAAAGUUGCAGUGGGCAUAGUGAUUGGCAGGGGUGGUGACAUGAUCAAGAAAAUUCAAGCAGAGACCGGCUGCAGAGUGCAGUUCCACCAGGAAAGAGAUGACGGACCUGGGGAUAAGAGGUGUUAUUUACAAGGCAAGCCUCAUCAAGUGGAUCAAGCUAGACAGAUGAUAGAAGAUUUAAUCGCCAGUGUCAAUCUGGCGAUCCGUUCGGGUCGAGGCCGCGGUCCACAACAGCGCAACGGCUCGGGUGGAGGGGACAGGGACUUCCAGCAAUGGCCGGAACAAGGCCAAGAAGUGCGAGUCACCUUCACCGUCACCAAUGUCAAGUGUGGACUCAUCAUUGGCAGAGGGGGUGAAGUAAUAAAGCAGAUUAACGCUCAAUCGGGCGCCCACUGUGAGCUAGACCGCCGGGCGCAGAACAACGACAGAAACAACCGCACGUUCUAUAUACGCGGCCAUCCUGACGCCGUGGAACACUGCAAACGGAUCAUCAUGGAGAAAGUUGGCAUGCCGGUGAACUUCAUCCCGGACAACGGUAACGGUGGCGGCGGCAGCGGCGGUGGUGGCGGCAAUGGCAAUGGCGGCGGCAACGGCGGCGGCGACUACUACGGCGCCGCGCCCGCCCCCGGACCCCCGGCCUGGGGCUACAACCCGCAUUGGCAUCAUCAACAACAGCCUCAGCCGCAGCAACAAGUCCAGAUAAACCCAGCUACAGGCCAGCCGGACUACUCGCAGCAGUGGAUCGACUACUACCGCUCGCUGGGUCUCAUGCGCGAGGCCGAGGCCGUGGAGCAACAAGCCAAGCAGCAGCAGCAACAAGGGGGAGGUGGUCCCAGCAGCGGUGGCAGCGGCGGCGCGCCGCCCGCGCCCGCGCAGUCCGCGUCGCCCGCGCCCGCAGCCGACUACAGCGCGCAGUGGGCCGAGUACUACCGCAGCAUCGGCAAGGUCAAGGAGGCCGAGGCCAUCGAGGCGCAGAUCAAGCAAAAGCAACAGUCGCAGCAGCCGUCCAACGUGCCGCAACAGCCGACGCCGCAAGCGACGCCGCCGAACCCCACCCCGCCGUCGUCCACCGCCAACAGCGGGGUAGUGCCGCAGUACGGCCAGUACUACCCGCCCGUGUACCCCGGCUACCCCUACCCCUACCCCGGCGUGCCGCCCGCGCCUGAGCACGCGCCGCAUCAACAUCAAUAAACAGCCAGCCGGACCGACCGAUACGGAACCGAGAAGAUACCUCUCCAUUGUAGAUUUUAACUGUAUUGUAUAAGCGAAACGUUUCGACUGUACUCUAUCCAUGGAGAGACGUUAGUAUAGGUCUCUCUCUUUUACGUAAUCACAUACAAACGACAGAGAGAAAAAACUCAGUGGGCGUUAACUAUUUUGGUACAACAACCAAUCACAAACGAAACUAUGUUUUCGAAUUGAAUUUCGAGUGUUUUUGAAAACAUGUUUGUGAUUGGUUGGUUUUGCUUGGUAACUCAAAUUGGUUAACGCCCACUGAGUUUUUUUGUCUCCGUCAUUUAUUUGUAUGCGAUUACGUAACAGAGAGCCCUGUAGUAACUUUUCUCCUUGGAUAGUGUUUAACUCCAUUUCGCUCACAAUAAAUAAUCAGGACGCGUUUCAAAAGUUUAACGUAAUUACGUUACGUCAGGGAAAAAGAAAGCCCGAUGUCCACCAAAGCGGACAUAGGCGGGAGAUGUUCAUGGAAUAAUAAUUUUUUCACGUCAUUCAUUAAUAAUCUCUUGGUCUGCCGAUUAUAUCUCCGCUUAUGUGGAUAAAGGGACGAACUCUGAUCUUAAACCUGCGCAGUGGGUGAUUUAUCGAUCUAUUUGUUGGUAUAAACUCCUGCCGCCGCACGAAUGGUUGUCGUUCAACCUUUUGCUUCUCGUACAGUCUGUGCAGACACUCACACUAUCAUGUAGAGAUCUUUUUCCUGACGCCAUAUGUAACAAGUUUUCAAACAACGUAUGAUUUUAUUUCUUGUGGGUUCAUUACUAAUUAAUAUUGUCAAAGCUGUAGAGAUUAUUUCGAUUAUGGUACUGAUUCUGAGCACAACUAAAUUUUAGAGUAUUCGCAUCCUCUUCUUACUAAUGUUUUAAAUUAAACUUAGAACUGUCAAACUUCAUGACUUUGCUGGCUGGACGAAGCUGGGUGCACUAAAAUUUUGAGUCUUAAAUGUAAAAUUCAUGUUCCUUCCUUUUUUAGCAAUAUUAAAAAGAAAAAGAUGCAGAUAUUCUAAAUCUAGUUUAGAAAGAGAACAGAAUCGGCGCCAUUAUGUCUUAACCGCUUCCCAAUGGUAUAUAUUAUAUCUCACGGCCGUGUGGUACAUUCUCGUUUGAUUUUCUCGCACUGUGUUAUUUCACUUGUCUCGUUUUGAUGUAAUUUUGCUUAUUGUAUAAUUCUGUGCCCCGAUAUUGACCAUUGACGUGCCAGUUUGUCCAGGUUUAAACUUUAGAAUGCCACACUGCCUAAAACGAUGUAACAGAGAGAUCCGACGGGGCUAUAGAGUGAGACAGAAAGCGCAAAAUGAACGCAUAACGAAAGAGACAGAGAUACUUCGACCGCUGCGAGGAAUCGAGGUAAAUGCACUGUAUCGAGUGACUAGCUUCUAUUACACUUCCACGAUGUUACUCCAUUGGGUAUAUCUACUUGUAUAACCUCAACCUUCGAAUGUGGAGAACGUGUUUUCCGUAGCAAGGCGAGUAUUCACAGUAACACAUACAAAUUUAAUGUUCUAUGAGUUUUUUUAGCAGCAAAAUCUAUAAGUCAAUUAUGUAGUAUUUUCCCUCUAAAACCUAAUGUCAAAAUUAACCAGUUAAACACACUUUAAAAUUGAAUCACGUUUAAAACUUCAUUAGUGUAGUUUUAAAUAUAUAGUAAAACAAUCAAUUAAAAUAUAUGAUUGUUUUCUUAAGGAUUUACAUAUUAUUAAAUAACAUUAAGUACUUGUUGCAAAUUCAACUUUUUAGGCUAGAAACUAAAUACGAAAAAUUUUGAAGCUAAAAUUUAAAUGUGCGUGAGUUAAGCUUUUUCCUUAAAUAUUAGAUUUGUAUGGAUUUGUGACGUUAAUGAUAUAAUAUUAGAAACUUAGUACUAUAAUAUAGCGUAAGAAUAAAAAUAUGGGUCUAGUAUACGUUUGGACGUAAACGCUGUCGACGAAUGUCUUAUUUCGUUUACUGUAUAAAUAUAUAGAACAUUUUUGCUAAUGAAUUUCGGUAAAAAAUCCAACUGUAAAGUUUAACUUUUAGACGUUAUUUGAAGGCAUAGGGUUGAUUUGUCCUAAACCGUGCACGGUUAGUAACACGGCCGAAGUUCGUUCGUGUUACGGCAAACACACGGUCUACCAUAAAUCAUCCCGAAGAGCCCGGCAAAUAACUUGGGCAUUGAUGCGAUUGGCUGGCGUAUGGUGGGUGCCGCAGAUUGGUUGAUCAGUCGGCGCGGGUGCACGCCAUUGGUUGAUAAGUUGGCUCUUGCUUCCUGGAUUCGGCAAUUUUCCCCCACUACGCCGCUUAAUGUUAAAGCUAUUCGCCAGGCACUAUACGCCCAAACGUAUACAACGCAUCAAGCUCCACGUUCGACGUCAUUGAAUUGUGAAUCAUAUCUAGUUGUAAGUUAGGUGUCACAGAUUAGGAAGUCGUCGCGACCUCUCUUGACAGCUCAUUAGAUUACUAACAAUCGACGAACAUACUAGCUACAUAACUUAGAAUUAUAUAUAUGUAUUAAUAAUAAAAUCUAGCUUUGGUAAUAAUUAGACGUAAAGAGUAUCGAACAUAAAGGCAAUGUGAGAGUACAUUCCCUGAAAGCUGUUUAUACAAUAGAAGCGGUCAUAAGAACCACCUUUCAUAACGGGAAGUCCCGACUAAUUGUACUAUUAUUAAGAUAUAAAGUGUAUGUUGAUUGA